AUGUUGCUGCGGUUGAGGGUGUGGUUGCUGCUGAGAAGGUAUGUCCGACGGGGUGGAAACUGGAACCUUGAUGUAUGCCAUGGGACGAGGUGCGCGGGAACGUGA